GAAGAGGUAGGAACUAAUAGUUAUAAAACUCGGUGAAGCGCCGGAGUUGUUGGUGGACAACUUCCGGUCCUGUGUCAGGUCAAAAUGUUGUCUUUGAGAGGAUUUCAGAGGUUAAAACUCGUUUUAUCGCCGCGAGGAAACACAAGUUUCAGAAGUUUAACAGAAACAAACAACCACAGAGCUGAGCUGGUAGAGAUGGACAACCCGUUCAGAGAGCCGCAGAAAGGCUGCAUCCUCUGCAGCGUCCCAGUGGACUACAAGAACAUCCAGCUGCUGACACAGUUCAUCUCGCCGCACACGGGCAGGAUUUAUGGCCGACAUAUCACAGGCCUGUGUGGAAGAAAACAAAAAGAAGUGUCCAGAGCGAUAAAGAAAGCUCAGUCAAUUGGUUUCAUGUCGGUGACCCACAAACAUCCACAGCUCAUGAAGGACCCAAACAUCUGUGCCAUCAACCAUCCGCAUUAGUGUGUGUUUAUUGAAGAGUCUCCUCCAGUUUCUGUUUCACAACUUAUACAAAGAAUAAACGUUUCAACUCUG